AUUAUGAGCGAACGAAACGAAACGCGAUUGAAAGUUCCGCCGUUUUUCAUUCAUUUCUAUUCUAUUUACGAUUUUUAUGUGGUGGUAAUGCGUGUUGUGAUAAGAAAUUAACAAAUUGCAUUUAAAAUCGCGGAAAGCUUUUUCUAGUAACGACAAUGCCUGUUGCUGCUAAAUUCAUAGUGCCUGUUGCCCUCGGCUUGUCUCUAGUCACAGUCACAGCUUUUGUGGUUUAUUAUGUCUUUAAGAAGGAUGAGGAGGCUGGAGACUCAAAGCCCAUUGCCACUUCUCGGGUGAACACCAUUGAGGUCAAUGUUCCUAAAAGUCUGGUCCCUGCUUUAAUUGGUCGCAGUGGCUCCAACAUAAAGGACAUAGAGCACAAAUCUGGUGCCAAGAUAAACUUCAAGAAGUUCCCCGACAAGGACUAUGACAUAUGUGUGAUAAGAGGCGAGAGUCACACUUCGCAGACGGCUGAGAAUCUUAUAAGAGAGUUUAUGAAACAGCAGCCGGUGAUUGUGGAGGAUACCCUGGUUGUACCCAACUGGGCAUGUGGCAGGAUAAUUGGCACAGGAGGUGAAAACAUCAACGACAUCAGCCAUCGCAGCGGAGCCCGUGUCAAAGUAGACGGCCCCCCGCAGGCCGACAACGCGUCUCAGAGGCACGUUACCUUCCGAGGCACCAAGGAGCAAAUCGAGGUCGCCAAGGGACUGGUGUCGAGCUGUGUGGCCCAAGAGAAAUGCCGUCGCGAAAUCGAACAGUCAAAGCGCAGUCCGCGCCACGUGCAAGUGCAACCCGCCACCAGCGCAGCGGGCGCGUCAGCGGGCGCACAAGCGGGAGCGGGAACGCAAGCGGGCGCGGGCGACCACGUGGAGGAAUCGCCAGGUGACCCCAAACGCGUCAAGUAUAAGCGGAAUGAAGCGGCAUCGUCCAGUAUCGAAGUAUACGUGUCGGCCGUGUCUUCUCCCGCCCGUUUCUGGGUACAGUUCGUCGGGCCGCAAGUCUCGCAACUUGACGAACUGGUCGAGCACAUGACAGAGUACUACGGCGACAAGGCGAACCGAGAGGCGCAUGCGCUAACAUCAGUAUCGGUGGGGCAAGUGGUGGCGGCGGUGUUCCGACACGACGGGCGCUGGUACCGGGCGCGCGUGCACGACAUACGACCCAACGAGUUCGACGCCACCAAACAGGUGGCAGAUGUGUUCUACUUGGACUACGGAGACAGCGAGUACGUGGCCACGCAUGAGCUUUGCGAGCUGCGCGCCGAUCUUUUGCGGCUGCGGUUUCAGGCCAUGGAGUGUUUCCUAGCGGGCGUUGCGCCGGCGGGGCGCGACGAGGACGUGGUGCGCGUCACGGCCGCGGGCCAGCGCUGGGAGCACUGGCCCGCGCCCGCCGUCGAGCGCUUCGAGCAGCUCGCGCAGGUCGCGCGGUGGAAACCUCUGGUGUCGAAAACUUGCACGUAUAAAAAGACUGCAACGGAAGACCAGAAAGAAAAGGAAAUACCCGGGAUUAAACUCUAUGACGUCACCGAAGAGGGCGAGCUCGACAUCGGCGCCGUGCUGGUGGCGGAGGGCCACGCGGCGCCGGCGCCCGCGCACGCCGCGCCGCGUGCGUCGCCGCCGCGCGCGCCGCCCUCGCCCUUCGGCGACCUCGGCGCCUCCAGGGUGCUCGGGAUGGUAGAGAAUCGCAGCUCCUCCUUGCCCCGAGACCACAAGGAAGACCACACCGCUAACAACAACAACACAGAAGCAUCUCAUCUCGCCACAUCAAAAUCGCUAGGGUCCGGAAUAGAGGCCUCCCACACACCAGUCUCCAUGACCAACGCGGACCUCUCGCGGCCCAAACAGAACGGCUCGCACGCCCUCAUCGAGGCCGAGCGAGGGCACGAGGCCGACCUGCACAAGACCCCCUUGGACGAACUGAAGGCUAAUAUUAAUAGGAUCGACUCGCAUCAUGGCAACUUGGAAUCUUUGGGCAGGUUGCAUGAGUUAUAAGCUCGGAAACAUGUGUAUAGUGCACGGCAAACUUUUAGACCAUUAGGCGCGGUGGUGGCGGCAAGUUCGCUCAUCGUACACAUACGAGCAUUAAAAACUACCUAACAAGUAUAAUCGCUUCUGCGCAGGUAAGGCCACGUGGUCUAAAAGUUUACAGUGCACUGACUGUACUUUGUUGUUGAUAGGUGUCGGCACCAGAUAUAUCGGAGUCGAAAUGACAAUCGUUGAAGCUUGACGCCGAUCUAAACGCAGUCUGGACCUGUCGCGCCAAUACGCCAUGCAAUAAAAUAUUAUCGUACGCGUAUGGGCAUUUGGCUACGUACCCAGGCGUGUUCACUUAUUAGCAUACCCCGGCCGGCGAGAGCAAAAAUGCGUUGACAGCUUAAUAGUGCGAGGACACACACUUUGGUCGAUGUCGAUAAAAACAACACGAUGUACUGGACCACCGUUAUGAUAUGCAGAAGUAUUAAUUAUUGUUGUAAACAAAAUUAAAACCAAGUGUUUGUAUUUAUUCAGUAUUUUAUGUAAUUUUCGUAAUAUACAAUUAGCAUUUUUUCUAAAUUUUCUGAUUUUAAACUCCUUCGCCUUGCCGAUAAAAUCCAUUUCAUCCAACUAAAGGACCGUUCUAAAUCUACUGUAGUAAUCGGAGCAAAACGAAAUAAUUCAUAGUGAUUAUGAAUUUGUUCUGUAUUAGGUAGUUCCAAUUCUCUGCCAGAUAUCAAUUUAUUUAAAUUGUUUAAAGUUAAAAUGCCAACGUUCUUCUUCAACACAUUCUGAUACUUAUUGUGAAUAACUUUACCUUGAGGAUGUAACCGUAAUUUUGACAAGAUAAUUGAAUAUAAAAUUAAUAAAUUAAAUUCUAUGUAAGUUGAAAUAAAUAACAAAUAAUAAUGGCUCAGUUUAAAAAAAAAUAAUAAUAAUUGUGCUUAAUUAAAAGUCGACAUAUGGAUGUCUAUAGAAUAGUUGAUAUUUAAUUAAGCACUAGGAGCAGACGCAUUUUUGCUCUCGCCGGCCGGGGUAUGCUUAUUAGUGAGACCCUUGGCCGCUCCGAUGUGUCUGAUGGCGACUGUCCAGAUAUUUAUAAAUGUUUCAAUUAGGCAAAGAUGUUACAUUUUCAGACAGAUGGUAACCUCAUUAUUAACAGCAACUUGGUUGAAAAUUUUACACAUUUGAAAUAAAUACGUACUCAAAUAAAUUGAUUCUAAAGCCAUAUUUAGGUGGUUCAAGAACAGUAUCCGUAUUGACUACAUAAUUCAUUUCAGUCUGCCGAUCAUGUAUUUGUACCACAUAACGAAAAUCACAUGCAAUCCUUGAACCUAAUAAAUGGGACUAAAGAGUAUUAGAGUUGGUUUCUAUCUUUUUGAGCACUUUAUGAGUACGUUAGUAUUGGUAAGUCAGCUUUUAAUUGCAUUAUGGUGUCUUUUGCAUGUCAAUUACUCUUAUAAAUGCCAUAUUUUUCACUCCCCAAGACUUCAAACGUCUUUUAUAAAGUUUUUUCUUCCGAAUUAUACAGACAAUAAUCAAUAUAAGAGCACUGAAUUAAAGCUAGCUGUAAAAAACUGAAUUCUGACCCGCCAGAGACACGAGGAUAUUCAGAUAUAUACUAUGACGAGCAUACGAUAGCGUUUCUUAUUCUAUGGUUCAGUCAUAGAUAAAGCAAAACGAUGUACUUAUUGUUAAUCGUGGCAAGUGAUUAUUUCUGUUGUUUCGUUACUGUGAUCCUACAAAUGUAUAAACAGUUGUAAUGUAGUUUAAGAUUAAUUGUACCGGUGCACGAUCGCUUUUAUGGCCAAAGUUAAGACAUUCGUUCUUAGGAAUUUAAAGUAAAAAUUACUUAUCAAUUACUUUUCUACCAAAAUGUCAAUAUUUUUCGCGGUAAGACCCCCGAUAUUCAGAGUACUUAUCGUAAAAGUAGUUGAUAACAAUAUACAUGCUUGUAAAAUCUUGGUCUGUCAUCGAAGAUAUCAUUUAUUGGAUCUUAUUCUAAUCUUGUAAGGUCUACUUCGUGUCCGUUGAUAUUAUAAACUUUGUACACCACGUAUCUGUAGAACGAUGGUUUAGUUAGCUGCAAAACAUCUACUAAUCAGUAAAAUCUUUAAGAUGUUAUUGAGAGGGUUAGCCGUAUAGAUAUUUUGCAGGUUAUUAAAUAUAUUUGUAGUGUAUAUAGUAUAUAUGUAUAUACGUAUAUAAAGAUAUCAUCCGUAACGGUAACAGAGUAAUAUUGCAGGGCAACAUAAUAAUUUGGAGAAAGUAUGUUUUGGUAACAUUUUUUAAAGUAGUGAUAAAUGUGUAUUUAAAUCCUUCUUCCUAUCUACCUCAAAAUUACAAAAAUGUCUAUUAAUAAAAAUGUGAUAGAACCUUAACAAAUUUAAUGUUUUUAUACUAAGUUGUACAGUCAGAGCUUCUCAACUUUAAAGAAUCUGUCACAGUGUUUCGUUAUAACUGUAAGGUAUAUGUUGCGUGGUUUAUUUAGAACACAGGAUAACUUUCUUAGGCUGUAACACGCGCUUCCUAGGGUCCUAGUUUACGUAAAUUGUAUUACUGAGCAUUUUCUCCAUGUAUUAUUACACCUUCCUCAAGCUUUGUAAUUUUAUACGGUUUUAAAGUAGAUUUACGAUUUUUGAAGGUUAACUUUUUUUGAAGAUUUUUUAUCUCGUAAGCCUCGUAUUGGCAAUAGUAGUUUUGCCUGAAUGUACUACGUAAAGUAUCUAUAGAAGUACGUAUACUUACGGUCGACUACAAAGAUAUGUAUACACUUUUUCACCUUAUUGCAUUGUAAUAAGGUGAAAAAAUGGAUACAUCUCUUUGUAGUCGACUGUACACACUGAGGCUGUUAAU